UCACACAACCCUAGAAAGCUAAAGCAAAUUCAAUUUUUUUUAUAGAUCGCCGGAGAAUUGGAGCUCGGUUGCAGGAAAAAAUGGCGGAGGGCGGCGGGACAAAGCUAGUUGUGGAAGUAUUGAAUGCGCGGAACCUAAUGCCCAAGGAUGGGCAGGGAACGGCGAGCGCAUACGUGAUGGUGGACUUCGACGGACAACGCCGGCGAACAAAAACGAAGCACAGAGAUCUUCACCCGAUGUGGGAGGAGAAGCUUGAAUUCGUCGUUCAAGACCCCGAAUCUUUGGCUUCUCAGAACCUGGAACUCCACGUCUACCACGACAAGAAGAAUGCCCGCAGGAAUACUUUCCUCGGAAAGGUUAAGAUCUCUGGUUCCAGCUUCGUGAAACAGGGAGAUGACACGCUGACCUACUACCCGUUAGAAAAAAGGAGCGUUUUUUCGCAGGUUAAGGGUGAGAUUGGUUUAAAGAUCUACUACGUUGACGACGAUCCUCCACAGCCAGUGGAGAAGGAGGAGACGGCGGAGAAACCGCCCGAUGAGAAGGAUGUAGAAGAAUCUAAAGAAGAAGAGAAGCUUAAAACAGAACAGAAACCGCCUGAGGAGGACAAGGUGAAGCAGGAGGUGCAGGUGACAGUACUGCCAUCUCCGACGACGCAUUCGCAUCAUUCACGUUUCAAUGACCUCGAAAUCAAGCUUGCUGGCAGAGAGCGCGCCGCCGUUUCUUACGACCUAGUUGACCGUAUCCCCUACCUGUUCGUCCGCAUUUUAAAGGCAAACCACGCCAACAAGGAAGACGGCAAAGACGCUAAGGUCGAUCGAUUUGUUUUUGCUAAAAUCGUGAUCGGUAGUCAUUCAGUCAAGACAAGAACAGUAACAGUGAGGUUAAACUCGUCGGAAUGGGAUCAAGUUUUCGCCUUUCAUAAAGAGAGCCUCAAUUCCGCAUUUAUAGAAAUCUCCGUACACGAAGAGAGGAAAGACGGCGAUGCUAUCACUGAAGGCGCGAGUCUGGGCGCCGUUUCCUUCGACCUCUCAGAAAUUCCGAAGCGCUCGCCGCCGGACAGUCCCCUCGCACCGCAAUGGUACACUCUAGAAAGCUCCUCGCAGGAGUGUUCAGCAAACACAGACGUGAUGCUUGCCAUCUGGAUCGGCACACAGGCCGACGAAGCGUUCCCCGAAGCAUGGCAGUCCGAUUCCGGCGGUUUCCUCAUCCAUACCCGCUCAAAAGCUUAUCUAUCUCCCAAACUAUGGUACCUUCGUCUCACCGUCAUCCAAACCCAAGAUCUCCGUCUUCCCAUCAUCCCCGACUCAAAACCCCGCAACACUGAACUAUUCGUCGUUGCCCAGCUCGGUAGUCAGGUUUUCAAAACAGCUACAGUCCCCCUCUGCUCCUCCUCCUCAACUGCCAGCCCUGGCUGGCACCAAGACCUCAUCUUUAUCGCCACCGAACCCUUCGAUCCAUUCCUCACCAUCUCCGUCCAUGACGCUAUCGCCACUCAACCCGUCGGCAAUGCAAAACUACACCUUUCCACCAUCCACCGUCGCAUCGACGAACGCGUAGAACCACCGUCCCUCUGGCUCAACCUCUCCGGCGACAAAUCCCGCCCCUACGCCGGCCGCCUCCACGUUCGCGUCUGCCUUGAAGGCGGCUACCAUGUCCUCGACGAAGCCGCUCAUGCCUCCAGCGAUGUACGAGCCACAUCCAAGAAGCUCUCGAAGCCCCCGAUCGGCCUUCUCGAAGUCGGCGUUCGGGGAGCCUCCAACCUCGUCCCUGUAAAGCUGGCCAAAGACGGCGCCUCCGGUUCAACCGAUGCAUACGUCGUCCUGAAGUACGGCCCAAAGUGGGCGCGAACUCGCACCAUUCUCCAUCAAUUCAAUCCUCGCUGGAACGAACAGUACACAUGGGAUGUCUUCGACCCCUGCACUACCCUCACCAUCGCCGUCUUCGACAACUCUCGUGCUUCCGCCGCCGUUGCAAGUAAGCCGGCGAGAGAUUCCCUUAUCGGAAAACUCCGCGUUCGCCUCUCCACUCUCGAUACCAACCGCGUUUACAUCACCUCUUACCCGCUGACAUUGCUGACUCAACAUGGCGCGAAGAAAAUGGGCGAGCUUGAGCUCGCCAUUCGCUUCACCUGCAACUCCUGGUUCAGUUUGAUCCAAACCUACACAACUCCGAUGCUGCCACGUAUGCACUACGUGCGUCCUCUUAGUACGGCGGAGCAGGACGUGCUCCGGCAAAUUGCAGCGAAGGCGGUGGCGGGGCGGUUGGCGCGAUCGGAGCCACCGCUGGGGCCGGAGGUGGUGCACCACAUGCUUGACGCAGAGGCUUACAAGUGGAGCAUUCGCCGGAGCAAGGCUAACGCCGGCGGCCUCUCGCACGCUGCGGCGGCGGCGCAGUGGCUCCAGGAACUUCGCACCUGGACCCACCCGACGACCACGGUUCUGGUUUAUGCACUGGUUCUGGCGGCGGUGACCUGGCCGGGAAUGAUAAUCUCUGCGGCGCUGCUGUUGGUCAGCGCGGCGGUGGCAUGGAGGUACAGGAAACGAGCCGUCGGUUCGGGAGGAAUGGACACGUGGCUGUCGUGCGUGGAACGGGUGGGGAUUGAUGAGCUGGACGAGGAGUUUGAUGAGAUACCGAGUGGGAGGACGGCGGAGGUGAUACGGGAAAGGUACGAUGGGCUGCGGCGGGUGGCGGGGAGAGUGCAGGGGUUGCUCGGUGACUUGGCGGGGCAAGGGGAGAGGUUGGAGGGGUUGCUGACGUGGAGGGACGGGAUGUUUGUUGCGGGGUGUGUGGCGGCGGCGGUGAUGUUCUACGUUGUGCCGUUUAAGGUAGUGGUGUUGAGUUGGGUGUUUUAUUAUUUGCGGCAUCCGAGGUUUCGGGGAGACAUGCCGGCGGCGGGAGUUAAUUUUUUCCGGCGUCUGCCGUCGAUGGCGGAUCGGAUUCUUUGAGGGGAGGAGGGAAACUAUUUUGAUUUAAUUUAUUUUUUAAUGUUUUGUUUUUCGGAUAGUGUUUAAUGUAUUUUAG